GCACAAACUAGCGGUCCGAUGACGGAGCGCAAGCAGAAGGCGGGUCGAUGGACGCCGCCCGACGCACUCGCGCUUCCGCACGUGAUCGAGGCCAUAGCCACGUGCUCGAGUAGCCGGAAGGACCUUGAGAGCUUCCUCGGAGCCGUGCCACGAUCUCUCUGGACGCCAGCACUCGCGGCCUUCCUCGACUGCAACACGGCCAUGGCAUCAUGGGUCGGAGCCGAGUGGCCGCGCAUUGCAGUGACCAACACGGAGCUGCCGACUUGGGUCCUGGCGCGUCUCGCGGCGACGCUGCCGCUGCGCCCACGCAUUGAAAUCGCGCACCCGAUCCAGAAAGCGGCGCCACUGGCCUCGCUCGUCGGCGUCCUCGGCCCUGCGCUCGUCGGCGUCUCGCUGUGUUUUUACGACUACAGCGCGGUCGAUGGCCAAGGCCACACGAUCGCCAGACUUCUCUUGCAGCACUGCCCGCGUCUGCGCCGAGUGUCUAUCGAUGCCAUGUCCUAUUCAGCGAACGACGCUUUGAAUUUCACCGACGAGGUCAACGAUGUGCUCGCAGUACUCACCCACCCGCAUCUCAAGCAUGUAAGCAUAAACCUGGGGGCGAGGACUGCAGCGCCGCGACUCGGGCAUCUCUUGGCCGUAUGGCUCUCGACGGCGCCGGCGACGACGCUCUACGUGGUGGACGUCGCGCCGACGGACGACGAUACUGCCGCUGCAUUCUGCGAUGCAUUGCAAGGCAACACAACCCUCGAAGACCUCAUCAUCGUCAAUGUUCCUAGCUUCGGUGGCUUCCACGGUCGCACGCUGCCAGUGUCGCUGAAGACCUUGGAGUGGAAGGGGCGCGACAACGAGGUUGUCGACAACGCAACGGUGACGGACCUCGCAACCGCCGUCGGCCGCACGCAGCUCCAGAAACUUGACUGCAACUGCUUUGGUCCGCUGGCGACACGCCCGGCCGCGGCGCCCAUGCUGUCGCAGCUGCAGUCGCUCACCGUCCACGGGGUCAACGGUGCCCACACAAAGGCUUUGAUUGAAGGCUUGUCGUCGGUCCCGGCGCUGACGUAUCUCACGCUUCGCAAUUGCAGCCUCUCGUCGUCGAUGGAGCUGCUCAUGGAGAUGCUUGCGACGACGUGCAUUGCAAGCCUUCAUGUCGACGAUCAGUAUCUGACUCGCGAGGACAGUGCCUCGGUCCUUUCGGGCGUGCUGCAAGUGCCGCGGUUGAGAGCCCUCACAUUGUCGAUGCGCCUGCUGGAUGUGUUUUUCGUGCUCCCAGAGCUCGUUGCCGCGGGCCGCCAACUCUACAGCCUCGACUUGAAGACCAUCGCGCGCGAGAACGCCGAGCUGGGGAAGCGCGCGAUCUACCGGGCGCUGGCCCUGGUCCACGACGUCCCAUUUGUGACCAGGUCGCUGCCAGCGGCGGCGGAAAACUUCGUCGUCAGCGCGCUCGGUCGACGCUCCGAUCGCCGUCAUACAUGCCGCUUGGAUCUCUGAAUCACCAUUGAUUUCCCAUUUGAC